UUUGUUAAAGAUUACUACCAUCUAUCUCCCUCGACUUAAUCAUCCACUCCCUUACUAUUGUUUCUCUCAGACACAUACAUUCACCACUCAGAAAGAGGAACGUGGGGUGAAAAAUCUCAAGACCACCAUGAGCGACAAGCCGGAACCUUCGUCCGUCCCCCUGCAGCCGCAACAGCAGAAGAGGCGAGGUAUCUUGCCGCCAGAGAUUAUAGAACUCAUUGUGGCUCCCGUCAAAGUUGGCUCAUUUACUGGCGCGGCUGGAGUGUUAGCUGGUGUUGCUGGUGCCAUUGCACGGGACACCAGCCCUGUAGCCAGUGGUGCUGUAACCGGAUUCCAAUGGUUUGCCUUGGGAGGGAGCUUCUGGUUUACUAGGUCUAUGACCGUCAGGGCAAUGGGAGGCGACCAACAGUUGAGGCCAGUCGACAAAACCAUAGCGAGCACCAUAGGCGGAUCAGCAGCCGGCGCAGUAGCUGGCUUGAUACGGGGGCCAGGGAAGAUUCUACCUGCCAUGGCCAUGUGGGGAGUGCUGGGAGCAGGCGGACAGAUAAUUGCCAAUGGCAUGAGCAACAGGAAGCCAAAAGUCAAGGACGAGAAUGAUAGCUGGCUUCGGUCGAACUGGAGCCCGCUGAGAAAACUCACAGACCAGGAGUACAUCGACAUGAUGGAAGAGAAAAUUCUCAGAGUCGAUGCAGACAUUGCCCUCAUUGACGACCGGAUCGCCGAGCUAAAGUCUAUUGAUCAAGCUAAAAACGAAACUAGGAGGUGAAACUCGGCGUCCACGGAGUACGCCUACUUUUAAUCGAAGCAUGC